UCACUUCAACUGUCACUGUCAAAUAUAAAAUUGUGCGAAUUUUCUGCGUUUCUUGCUUUGAUUUGGCGGUUAUGUUUUCUUGAUUAAUUUGGUGAUAAAAGAGCACUGGUAUUAAAGAUAUUGAUUGUGAUUAUGUUGUUUUAACUGUACAUUUACUAAAUAAAUAAAAAUGUCUCGGGAUAUAAGAUCAUUUUUCCAACCAAAAAAGGCUCCAAAAGCAAAGGUAGAAGAGCUUGAUGAUGAUGUUAUUCCAGAAUCUCCUGAGGUUCAAAUUAAAAAUAAGAAAAAAGAAUCACGUAAAAAGAGAGUCCUGAGUGAUUCUGAAGAAGAAAUAUUUGAUUCAAAGAAGAAGAAACCAAUUAACGACCCUAAAAAGAAAAGUCCGUCUAAAACUAAAACAAAAAGUCCAAAGAAACCCGUUUUAAAAGAAGUCAAAGCUGUGGACAUCUUUGGUAGUGCACCCAUUAAAAGAACAGAACCAAUUGUCAAGAAAUCUGAAAAGAAAGAGAAGAAGAAUACAGAAACAGGUAUACAUUCGGAUGACGACUUUGAUAAGAGUCUUCUGGAACUAGAUGAAAUUGAAGAGUCAGCGUUAAAACUAGAAGAACCAACAACGAGCAAAGCACCUGAUGAACACGAAAAAAGUGAUCAAAAGAUUGAACAAUCUCCACUUAAAAUUAAGGAAAAACAACUUGAUAAAACUGAAAUCAAAAAAGAAAAAUCUCCAUUCAAAAUUAAAGAUAAACAACCUGAGAAAAAUGAUAUCAAAAAGGAAAAAUCGCCAUUUAAAAUUAAUGACAACGAUAUCCAAGAUAAAAAUGGAUCUAAAAAAUUUAAAAAUGAACCAAAAUCUAAUAUAUCAAAAAUGAAUGACAAGAAAAGAAAGUUUGCAGAAUUCCUUGAAAAUGAAAAUGAAACUAAUCAUGAUUCUGGAAAAUCUAAUGUAGAUGCAGCAGUCAAGAAAAAGAAACUGAAUGAUAGCGUCACAGAUGAUAAGAGAAAUGGCAGCAAGGAGGUUAAAGUGAAAAAAGAAGACAGUAAUGAUUUACAUGAUAAUGAUGCCACUAUCAUUGAAGAUGAAAUUAAUGAAAGCAGACAUGAAAGCACUAAGAAGAAAAAGUUUAAUAAAUCACUUAAUGAAUCAGUGCUAACUGAUGAAGAAAGGCAUGAAAGAAAAAUUCACUCUGCACAAUUAUACCAAAAGUAUUUGAACAGAUCGGGGCCCAAGCAUUUGGGAGCCAAGGAAAUCCCAGAGGGCGCUCCAGACUGUUUGAAAAAUUGCGCGUUUUUGUUAACCGGAGUUCUCGACUCCUUUGAAAGGGAAGAAGUUACAGACGCUAUUACCAAAUAUGGUGGAUGCAUCAAAAGCGGUAUCAGCAAGAAGGUAACUCAUGUGUUAGCUGGCGAAGAGGCAGGUCCCGCGAAAAUGGCAAAAGCACAAGAAUUAGGAAUCAAAAUAAUCAACGAAGAUGAAUUUAUACAAAUGAUCAGGGACUCAACAAACAAGCACUCAAAAGAAAAAGACACAAAAAAGGAAAAGAGCCCAAGUAGAAAAUCAAGUAAAGAUAAAAAAGAAUCAAAAGAAAUCAAUGGUGUUAACAAGAACAUGAAUGACACAAAUAAAACGAAAACAUCACAUCGAAAAGAUGAAGACAAGUCGAAACAUGAAAAAACAAAUGGUUCGGAAAGCAAAGAAAAUAAAUCUAAAAUUCCGAAGAAAGUUGAAACAGAAAUUAAAAAAGAAAAUGAAGUUAAAAAAGAGAAGAAAAUAGAAUUAGAUAAACCUAAAACAACUGAUUUAGCAAGUGCUGGAAAAUCAGAUUCUUCUAAGAGUGUUACAAGUUCUAUCGACAUGAUGUGGGUAGACAAAUACAAGCCACAGAACUUGAAGCAAAUCAUCGGACAACACGGAGAUGCGAGCAACGUCAAGAAGUUAACAAAUUGGCUGACGAAGUGGUAUGUGAAUCGCAAGGCCAAGCUGCCUAAGCCCAGCCCGUGGGCCAAAAACGACGACGGAGGGUACUUCAAAGCAGCACUGCUGUCGGGACCUCCUGGUGUUGGCAAAACUACGACGGUGGCGCUAGUUUGCAAGGAGCUGGGAUUCGACGUGGUAGAGUUCAACGCCUCAGAUACAAGAAGCAAGACUCUUAUCAAGGAACAGAUCACUGAGCUCUUGAAUACCACCUCACUGUCAGGAUACAGUAAAGGUGAUACAGGCAAGCAGGCUGUCACGAAAAAGCAUGUCUUGGUAAUGGACGAAGUUGAUGGCAUGGCGGGGAAUGAGGACAGAGGAGGCCUCCAAGAGCUGAUAGGCUUGAUAAAGGCGACGUCAGUGCCCAUAAUAUGUAUGUGCAACGACCGCAACAGUCAGAAGAUGCGCUCUCUGGUCAACUACUGCUACGACCUGCGCUUCACCAGGCCUCGGGUCGACCAGAUAAAGUCAGCAAUGAUGUCGAUCUGCUUCAAAGAAGGCCUCAAGAUUCCUCCGGACGCGCUAUCUCAACUCAUAGUAGCCGCCAACCAGGACGUCCGGCAGACGCUGCACCUGCUGUCCAUGUGGGCGGCCGACCCGGACGCCGACCCGGACAAGCUCAGGAAGGACGCCACUAGUGUCCGGAAAGAUGUCAAGCUGGGCCCGUGGGAGGCGAUCCGCAAGGUGUUCUCGGCGGAAGACCACAAGACGAUGAGCAUCAACGACAAAAGCGACCUAUUCUUCUACGACUACAGCCUUGCGCCGCUGUUUGUCUACGAGAACUAUCUGCAGGUCGCGCCGCAUUGUCCGAAGAAUGAGAUAUUAGACCGUGUAAGUAGAGCGGCGGACAGCAUCAGUCUAGGCGACCUGGUGGACGCCAGGAUACGGCGCAGUCAGGCCUGGGGACUCCUGCCUAUGCAAGCAAUGUACAGCUCAGUGAUACCUGGUCACUGGCUGUCGGGCCACGUGGCCGGCCAGAUACAGUUCCCGGGCUGGCUGGGCAAGAACUCGCGCGCUAACAAGAUGCAGCGCCUCUGCCAGGAGAUACACGCGCACACCAGGCUCAGCACUUCAGGUUCGAAGUCGUCAAUCUUCCUGGACUACAGCUCGCACUUACGCGACGCGAUCGUGACCCCGCUCAUCAAGGACCGCUCGGAGGGCAUCGGCGAAGCCCUGGGCGUUCUGGAGGCCUACCACCUGCUCAGGGACGACCUGGACUCCUUGACGGAACUGUCACUGUGGCCCGGACAGAGGAACCCUAUGGUGUUGGUUGAUUCUAAGGUAAAAGCAGCGAUGACGCGAACCUACAACAAGUCAGCCACGGCGCUACCUUAUGCGCCGGGCACCAUCAAAAAGGGCCGCGGGCGAGACGAUAACGACAACGAAGACGAAGUGGACGACGACGCCGCGCAGGACGAAGAAGAGGACAGCGAUCCGGAGAAUGAUGCGCUUAUCAAGAAAAAGAAGGCAAAAGAGGAUAAACCUGCAAGUAAAGAUAAACCAAGUUCAAGUAAAGAAAAACCAAGUACUAGCAAAUCUAAAGCGAGUUCAAGUAAAGAGAAGAAAAAGAAAUAACAAUUCAUUUUUGUUGAAAUUAUGUUGGAAGUUACUUUAAGU